AUGUUCAUCGACCUGUGCUAUUCGAGGACUCAGCUGAUCUACGAUCCGGCCUACUUCGGCCAGUACGCCGACCCUCGUGACAACUUUGUCUGGUCCAUCACGGACCAGGCCACGCUCGGCGCAGCAUACGAGAGAGGCUACCUGAAGGAGAAUGGCACCGAUCUGAUCUCGUUUUCUGCCCGCUGGAACGCAACGACUUUUGAGCCCUUGCUCCCGGCGGCGCUGGACGACGUGAAGCUGAACUGUCGCUACAUCGGCUCCAGUAUCAAGUACCUUGCGCUGUGGAUCAGUGUCGUGGCGAUCACGAGCUUUGCUUGCUGUCUGACGGCUGCAGACUGGAAGAGGGCACGCAUCAUCCGCGAGAUCAAGCAGGAGGAGGAGGAAGCAGCGGCAGCUGAAGGGGAGCUGAAGGCGGAGGCAGAUGCUGCAGCUGACCAAGACAGGCCGAGCCAGGACUGCCAGGACUCCUCCAUUCGGGAGGCCAUCGUCUGA